GAGAGAAGCGGUGAUUGAAGGGGAUAGCAGAGCGGCGGCGGCGACGGCCAUCUUAGAGCUACCGUGGUAACCACUCAUCUUCUGGAUUUUAUUUUUCUUGUUGGAAAAACAUUCUGCCUGACUGACGAGGGAAGAAGAAGGUUGUGUUUUUUACUCCGCCGCGGUUGAACUCGAAGUCGGGAUGCGGUUCCGUGGGAAUACACAAUUUGCAUCCGCUGUCGGACUGGUCCUCGGACUAUUAUGUGCGGUGGAGGCAGCUAAAGUCAAUAAACACAAACCAUGGAUCGAGACGACGUACCACGGGAUCGUAACGGAAAACGAAGACAAAGUUCUUCUGGACCCUCCUCUAAUUGCACUGGACAAGGAUGCUCCUCUACGCUACGCAGAGAGUUUUGAGGUGACCCUCACUAAAGAAGGUGAGAUUUGCGGCUUCAGGAUCCAUGGGCAGAAUGUCCCCUUCGAGGCAGUGGUCCUGGACAGGUCCACUGGCGAGGGGGUUAUCCGGGCCAAGGACAAACUGGACUGCGAGCUGCAGAAAGAGCACACCUUUACCAUCCAAGCCUAUGACUGUGGAGAGGGUCCUGAUGGUGCCAACAUGAAGAAAUCCCACAAGGCCACUGUCCACAUCCAGGUGAAUGACAUCAAUGAGUAUUCACCAGUGUUCAAGGAGAAGUCCUAUAAAGCAACCGUUAUCGAGGGAAAGAAGUAUGACAGCAUCCUGAAGGUGGAGGCAGUGGACGCCGAUUGCUCUUUCCAGUUUAGCCAAAUCUGCAACUACGAGAUUGUCACCCCUGAUGUGCCCUUCACCGUCGACAAAGAUGGAUUCAUCAAGAACACAGAGAAACUGAGCUACGGCAAAGAGCACAUGUACAAGCUGACUGUGACUGCCUACGAUUGUGGAAAGAACCGUGCCUCCGAGGACGUUCUGGUCAAGAUCAGCGUCAAGCCCACCUGCAAACCCAGCUGGCAAGGUUUCAAUAAGAGGAUUGAAUACGAGCCUGGCACAGGUAGCCUGGAUCUUUUCCCCAGCAUGCACUUGGAGACCUGUGAUGAGCCAAUCACAUCUAUCCGAGCCAACAUUGAACUGGAAACCAACCAUAUUGGGAAGGGCUGCGAUCGUGAUACCUACUCUGAGAAGUCACUGCACAAGCUUUGCGGAGCCAGCUCUGGCACGGUGGAGCUUCUGCCUACACCCAGCAGCUCUGCCAACUGGACGGUAGGGCUGCCCACUGAUAACGGGCACGACAGUGACCAGGUGUUUGAGUUCAAUGGCACUCAGGCCAUCAAGGUUCCUGACGGCAUGGUGAGCACCAGCCUGAAGGAGCCCUUCACUAUCUCUGUGUGGAUGAGACAUGGCCCCGGGGCCCAUGACAAGGAGACCAUCCUCUGCAACUCUGACAAGACAGAGAUGAAUAGACACCACUACUCGCUGUAUGUCCAUAACUGCAGGCUGAUCCUCCUCCUCCGUCAGGAUCCAUUAGAGGCCGAGAACUACAAACCAGCCGAGUUUCACUGGAAACUCGACCAGGCGUGUGACAAAGAGUGGCAUCACUAUGUUCUGAAUGUGGAGUUCCCCACUGUGUCUCUGUUUGUGGAUGGAACUACUUUUGAGCCCUUCCUGGUUACAGAGGACUACCCACUGCACUCCUCCAAGAUUGAAACUCAGCUUACCAUUGGUGCCUGCUGGCAAGACAACUCAGGACAUGACAAUGACACUGAGUCAGUCUCUGAGCCCACCUCAGGUGGAAAUGCUCGAAUGACCCAGUUUUUCCGAGGGAACCUAGCUGGGCUGAUGAUCCGCUCUGGCAAGCUGGAGAACAAGAAAGUGAUUGACUGUUUGUACACCUGCAAGGAAGGACUGGACGUGCAGCUGCCUGAGGAGGUAGCUUCAGCUGUCAAGGUUGAGUUCAACCCCAACCAGUCCUCUCUGACCGUAGAGGGCGAUGACAUUGAUGCCUUUGACAAAGUCAUGCAGCACAUCUCCUACUUGAACUCCCGCCAGUUCCCAACCCCUGGCAUCAGGCACCUUCGCAUCUCUACCACAGUCAAAUGCUUCAACGAGGAGUCCUGCGUAACAGUGCCAGAUGCCGAAGGUUAUGUGAUGGUGCUGCAGCCGGAAGAGCCCAAGAUCAGCCUGAGCGGCAUCGACCACUUUGCUCGCAGCGCUGCCGAAUUUGAGAGCCAGGAAGGUGUGACACUGUUUCCCGAGCUACGCAUCGUGAGCACAAUCACCCGCGAAGUGGAGGCCGACACUGAGUCUGAAGCGACAGAGGGAGCUGAUGAUGACCCUACAGUCCAAGAAACAGUGGUGUCAGAAGAGAUCAUGCACAACCUGGACACAUGUGAAGUGACUGUGGUGGGAGACGAGCUGGACGGGGAGCACGAGGGCCUGGAGGUGGACAUGGCCAAGCUGCAGCAGCAUAGCCUGGAGAUGAGUUCCUCUAACCUGGGCCUCGUCAUCACCGGUGUGAACACCAUGGCCAACUAUGAGCAGGUCCUGCAUCUUAUCCGUUACAAGAACUGGCACACCGAGGCUCUCUUUGACAGGAAAUUCAAACUGGUCUGCUCCGAACUGAACGGUCGCUACAUCAGCAAUGACUUCAAGGUCGAGGUGAAUGUAAUCCACACAGCCAAUCCUGUGGAGCAUGCCAACAAUGCGAUGGUGCAGCCCAACUUCAUUAACCCUGUGCAUCAUGCCUCCGUGGAUCUGUCCGGUCACAACCUGGUCAACGCUCACCAGGCCUCAGUUGUUCCCAGCGCUGCCACCAUUGUCAUUGUGGUAUGUGUUAGCUUCCUGGUGUUCAUGAUCAUCCUGGGCGUUUUCCGCAUCCGAGCCGCACACCAGAGCACCAUGAGUGACCAGGAGAACGGCAAGGAGAACGAGAUGGACUGGGACGACUCAGCCCUCACCAUCACCGUCAACCCCAUGGAGACGUACGAGGACCAGCACAGCAGCGAGGAGGAGGAGGAAGAGGAGGAGGAGAGCGAGGACGGAGAGGAGGAAGAUGACAUCACAAGUGCUGAGUCAGAGAGCAGUGAAGACGAGGAGGGCGCAGAGCCGGAGGACCAGCAGGGGGCCAGCAGACAGCAGCAGCUGGAGUGGGACGACUCCACCCUCACCUACUAAAAUACACACCCACACAUACACACCCACACACACACACCAACUCACACUUACUCAGAUACUCACACUCACUGGUUCACAUAGACUCCCAACCCCCCUACAAGGAGCCAUGAUGAAAAAAAAAAAAAGUCCCUUCAGCGUAUAUAUGGUCAAGGAUUUCCUGUUGUUAUCUUAGUGGUGGUACUUAGUGUAGUGUAGUUCAUCACCGGAUUGCUGAUUUUUACUGUCUAUUUUUUUUAUUUAUUAUAUUUUAAUUCCCAGGAAAACUUGGCCUACAUUUGUUCUGAACUGUGUGAGGCAGCCAACCCUGCACUUUUUUGUUUUCUCUCAGAUGUAAUGCUUUCAAAUGGAGACUUUUUUUUUUUUUAAUGUAUAUUCUUUGCUUACUGCUGCUAGAUUUGUUUGCAGCUAAUCUCACAUAUAACUUUGACAUGAGUUUUCUUGACUUGUAGUCCACAGUGAAACAAAACAAUGCUUUUAACAAGUAGACAGCUUUUUUUUUAUUUCUUCUUUUAGUGCAUGAGGAUAUUUGAGAAGUCAUAUGUGUAGAGAAAUAAAUUGCUUUUUAAAGAUUUUGUAAAUAUGAAGAAGCCAUGCAGUUAGUCAAUGUGUUAGUGAAGGCCUACUCAACAAGGUCCAAUAUCUAAAUGACGCAGUUCGUAAUGUAGAAUAUUUGUGUCACAUAGGCUGUAGCAUGACGCUAAAUUUCCGCAAACGCUGUUCCAACAUGCUUGUACAUGUCCGCUUCAUGAUAAGAAACCCUUACUGUUAAGUGGAGGUUUUUUAUGACAAAGUGGUCUCCAUUUUGUCUUUUUCUUUUUUGCAAAGAGGAAUAACUUCUUUUGGUUUCUUGUUGGCAGGACAGGCGGAUGGUUUCAGCUCCAUACAUUGCUUUGCUUGCACAGGUGGCAAUGCUCUACUCCAGGCAUCUGUGCUUUUCAUUCCCGAUGGAUCUCACUGUUGUACAGAAGGGAUUUUCUUUUUGUUCCGAGUAAUCAUACCCAGAGAAAUGCUUAUGUACAAAUCGACAUUUCGUGUGGAACGGUACAAACACUAGGUCAGCAGGUACUGUAGUGCUGUUGAAACUGAAGAUGGGUAAAGUUUUUGCCAGUUUAUUUUGGACAAGUAGAGAGAUUUCCUCAGCAGCUUUAAAAGUCUUUCGUCCGUAUCCCAGUGCUGCUGUGCUGACAGAAGUAGGGAGGUAAAAACCCUUCAAACUACUGAAAGAGCAGAUUUCUGACAGACAGCUUUAGUGGAGUCUGGUUGUAUAGUGCACUUGCUGGCAUUGUUUCGGGGAAGACUGAUGAAAUGAAAGUACUUUUCAGGAUUGCUUUGGUGCAAGUUUAUUUUCCACGGCACGGCUAUUUAAAUCAGUAAUAAUAAACCAUAUGUUAGAGGAAUUUUUAUACUUUUCCUGUUGCAAAAUAUGCACCAUCUUUAUUGUAGUUUAAGUUAUUACAACUGAAGUUAUGACUGCAUAGUUUACAAAAGGAAAACACUUUAAAAAAGAAUCUUCUUGUGUGUUCAAUGAAAUAUCUUUUGCCGUAUACCACUAGAUUUUAUUGUACAUGGAACUGUACUGUAGAGUUGUUCUAAGAUAUUUGUUUACAUUUGGUAAACUUAUUUUACUUCUGGUGUUAGUAUAAAGCUUAUACAAUUGAUUGGGAAAAUGUGUCCGACCUCUAUCUCCUCUCAGACACUGUUGUAUAUAUCUUUCACAAAACCAGAUACAAAUGUACCUACACACUUAACUAUUUAGGGUUUGUCUCAAGUUAAAAUGUUAACAUUUCCCAAACUUGCAUUAACCUAAUUAAGGCAGAUCCGAUUUUGGACAUUGAUGUUAACAGAACAUGGCAUUAUUGAUAUUAGAAAUGUCAGUGUUUGGAGCCUCAUGUUUUGCAUGCAAAUCAAAUUUUUAGAUGCCCAAAACUGAAACAUUGGAGACAAUUUCCAGGCUACUUUCAAGUGUUUAGGUUGAUUUCUAAUUUUAAGAGGUUGGUGGUGGAAAUGUAGUGAACAGUCUCCCCUCCAUGAUGACUUGGACAUUUAAAAAGUGAGCCAGGUCUGAGCCGGCUGAGAUGGGAGUGCCUUUUUUCCGAUCAUAGCGCAAUUAGCAGGUCUAACAAAAACACUCAUUUGUGCUCUUUUAUUUGUGGCAUUUUUUGUUUUGUUUAUUUGUAUUUGUCUAGAUUUCUUACAGAGCGUAACAAUAGUCCACUGCUAGUUUUAUUAAAAGUGAAAACCGUUUUACAUAGAUGUCAUGUGUCCAUGUUGAUGUGUAGAGGAAGUACAUCCAUAUUGUAUCUUCUAUAGAUAUUGUACUAAAUCAUUGACGAAAUCCACCUUUAAAAAUAUGUACAGUACAUUAUGAAAUUGCUUUGGCAGCAUACAUAUAUUUGUAUACUGUUAACUGACCUAUUGGUGUAUAGUGGAAAGUAAUUUUGAACGGUGUCCUAUUGCCUGAGUUAAUGAGAAAGGAUUUUGAGGGCAGCAUGAAAUUCACAAGAACCAGAGUGUAAGCCUGUCGAAAUUCUCUGUUUCAUUACGUCCAACACUUCAUGUCCACAUUUCAUCUACAGUACGAUACCAUGGGUCACUGAUAUGUGCACACUGACUCUCAAGUCACGUCUCCACAGUGACUGCACCAUUUCCAAUUUUCUGGGUUUAAUGCUUUCUGAUCAUCCCCCUAGCUAAGUGUAAGUUGGUUGAAUUGAAUGUCACUGCCUAACAAACUGGAAUGCAGUCAUGCUGUAAUAACACUAAGAUUUAGGGGAAUUUACUUUGCAUGAACCACAAGUUUGUGUACGUUCCAUGUGGGGUUGUGAGCCUGGAGUGGGAAAAGAGACGUGAUACACUACUGAUUCUCAGCUUGUCUGUUUCACAAGUCCACAACACUCCAGAUAUAUAUUUUUUUCUUUACUUUUAAAAAUGUGCUCAAAAUGGAAAAGGGUGAAAAUGUUUUCAGAACGGUUGAAUGCUUCCUUUGUGCUUGUUGGAGCUGCUCUCACUUUUCUACUAAUUGAAAGGCAAAUUGUAGUGAAGUUGAUGCUUGCUCAUAAACAAAAUAAAGGAUGAUGAGAUGGGGUAUAA